AUGGGAUUUAAAACAACAAUUUUUCGCUGUUUGACGAGAACGACUACGAUCUCUGCUGGCCUGUUCGCCGGUGGAGCUGCGUAUAUUUCUUUGGUGGAACAUCCGUCAAGAMGAAAGCUUGAAACAAAACAUAUGUAYCUUGAAUGGAAAGAAAGCCUGGCUCACGGAAAAUCAAUGCCAUUACUCGUUCUUGUAUCAUCUCUCUCUGGAAUAACAGCUUAUCUUCUGAAGCCCAAAGGUAAAGGAAUACCCUGGGUCCUUGCUGGUGGUGCAAUGGCCUUGAUUUUACCCUACACAGCUUUAGCUAUGUGGCCCUUUGCGAUAGGUCCAAUCUACGAUAAGCAAAGAGCUGAGAAAAAAGGGGACGAGUACAYGCGAAGGUUUAUGGAAAAGUGGAACUCACUGCAUACAUUCCGAACGGUUGUGGGGAUUGUAACUUUCAGUGGAUGUGUGUAUGCUCUUUCGACCAAGUGGUGA